AUGUCAAGUUCGAUACCUAGGGUUUAUUCCCUAGGUAACUCUCCCAUGACGUACUUACUAGGACUAAGGAUUGCACAGCUCCCGAGUCAGCCAAGGGUCCCGUUAGUCGUUCUUCUUUUGAAUGACCAGAAAAAAUUGAAUAGGUUCCUUAAUAAUGACUCUAAGAUUGUUGUCAAGUCAAAUAAUAAUAACAAAGAAAUUUAUCAUAGGCAGUUCAUGGCAUCAUGUGUUCCACCCAUUUUAAGCAACGGUGAGGUUGCGCCAAUCGAGAACCUAAUUGUUUCAGAUGCUUCCUCAAAAUUCAUAACAGCCCAACUUUCCAAAUACAAUAAAUGCUUAAAACCUGACACAAACAUUUUAUUUCUGAAUCCAAGUUUAAACUUACUAGAAUAUUUGCAUAGAUAUCGAUGGCGCUCUGAUCAAACGAGACCAAAUUUGUUUAUGGGAUUCACAUCGCCAGUUGAAGUUGGAACUUUACACCAAGAAUUUCAAUUAUCUUUCAAAACGAAAGGAAAGAUACAAUUUCAUAUCGCAAAGAUUGAUGAUUUUCCUCCAUUAGGCAGCCAUAGCAAGAACUCAGGUCUUCCUUCGAAGGGUGAAAAAGACAAAAAUGAGAAAGAAAACGGUACAUUUUAUAAACUGUUUAGAGAGAUGACCAAACUACGAUGCGGAAUUGGCUCAAAUUUAGUGACUUUUGACUUACAUAUUCAUGGUUUUCACAACUUGUUUUUCACUGAGCUGGAGAAAUUGAUAAUAGAAAGUUGUACUGAGCCUUUAUUGGCAGUUUACGAUUGUGUAUUUAAAAAGGAGUUGCUGAAAAUUCCUGGAGCGAAAAAUAUUAUUCGAAAUUUGAUAAAUGAACAACUAUUAAUCAUUGGUCGAUCCUACCCAUCAUUAAGCAAUUAUCCGAAUUAUUCUAUCAUUUUUGAUAAAGAAAGAAUGUUCAACUUAGUAGUAAGAGAUUUGGAAGUUAAUGGUCAUAGACGCGCUAAGCUGGCUCAAUCUUUGAAUCAAUUGAAUCAAACUAACAUUAAUGAGCUCAACGGAUUUUUUGUUGCUCUUGGUAAGUACAAAAAAUGUAAUAGCAAGUGGAAUGAUAUGAUACUGACUUUAGUGAAGGGAAAACAGUCAAUCACUAAGCAAAAAGCAUUAGAUUAUCAUUAUCUAUAA